AUGUUGGUUACAAGUAUUUUGAGUAUUCUACUACUAAGUCCCGCCGUUUUGGGCACACCGUUUGUUGGAAGUGGAGCGGCAGCAGAUUCAUUUGCAACUGCAAAUUCUGGUGUUGGUGAAGCUGUGGCCACAGCUACUGCAACUGCUGGAGGUGCAGCAUCUACAGCCACUGCUACAGCAACAGCCUCAUCUUCAUCAGUAGGUGGUGGUUUAUCGCCAUAUCCCUUAAUAUCGAAUCCAUAUGAAUCAGUUCAAACAGUGCCUGUAGUACAAAAUGUUCAGACCGUACAACAUGUACCGGUUGUUCAAAACUAUCAAACUCUUCAGCAUGUUCCUGUUGUGCAACAACAACAACUGCCAGCCUAUGGUUAUGGUCAUGGUGGUCUAGGAGGUUUUGGUUUGGGUGGUGGUGCCAUUGGUGGAGCUGGUAUUGGUGGCGGUUUUGGACGUUAUCAUGAAUCGUAUACCAUUAGAGGUCGCGGUUUUGGUGGAGGUUUAGGUGGAUUUGGUCAUCAUGGUUUCGGUGGUGGACGCUAUAAGGUACACUAUUCUUCUGGUGGUGUUGGAGCUGGAGGUUUUGCUGGAAUCGGAGGUGGUCUUAUUGGUGGCGGAGGUGCCGGUUUAUUAGGUUAA